AUGGAAGAAGUUAUCAAAAGAGGUGAUGGAAGAGAGGCAAAUGAAAUUCGUGCAACAACAAUCAAAAUUGGAGUAAUUAGUGGAGCAAAAGGAAGUUGUUUAAUACAAAAAGAAAAUAGUAAAGUUAUAUCAUCUGUACAAAUCAAAACACAAGACGAAUCAAUAGAUUUUGAAUUUACAGUAAAAGUGACAUUUGCCCAAUUUGAGAAUAAUAGUCUAUUCAACAAUAGAAAAGAAAUUGAACUUCAAGAAAUCUUAACACAAUCAUUAACUUCUCGUAUUAAUCAAGAAAGCAAUAAAGGAAAAAUUAUUUGUUUACAAGUAUUUGUUAUGGAACAAGAUGGAAGUGUUGAAGAUAGCAUAAUCAAUUCUAGUUCAUUAGCACUAUUUGAUGCAGAAAUUCAAAUGGAUAGCAUUAUUAUUGCAACAACAGUUGUUAAAUUGCCAAUAUAUAAUCAAGUUAUUGUUGAUCCAACAGCAUUUGAAGAAGAGAAAAAAGAAGGAUCAGUUCUAAUUGCAUGUAUUCCAUCUAAUUCUUCUAUCACUCAAAUUUAUAUGAGUGGGGUAUUAGACCCACAAGAUAUUUCUAGUUGUCUUUCUAUUGCAUUAGAUAGUUGUUGGAAAUUAAACAAAGAAAUAGAAUUAAUUAUACAAUCAAAAAAAGUUAAGAUGAUUGAACAUUAA